AUGUUUUUAAUUUUCACAAGUCUAUUGCUAUUGUCUUUGUCAAAUGGGAUUCUGUGCGCUCAAGAUUGGCCAAGAUGGGAAAAACGAACGAUCGAAUGUUUGAAUGGGAGUCGAGUCGGGCAAGUUAUCAGUGACACAAUUCAGUGUCAUUUGGUGGCUGAGAAUUCGAAGGUUAUCAGUGACACAAAUCGCUAUCGAUGUCGUCAAGAGUCAAUGCCGAAAUCCGCAUGGAACUCGUUGCCAAAAUCAGAGAUCCGUAUCUCUUGCCCCCUCGGUUGUGCUCCCGAGGCUGAUCUCUCGGUCAUUCAAAAAACCCCGUACAAUAAUCCCAAAUGCGUGAAAUAUUUCACAUAUGGAAAGUAUAGAGAUAAACGCGAAAAGGAAUGGUAUCUGUGGUUCGUCACCCCGUGUCUUCCAUCAUCUCUCUCCACUCAUUGUCGUUUCAACGAUCAACUUGGAAACGAUGUGCUUGUGAUCAAUGAGCUUCUCAUGUGGUUACUUCUUUAUUAUAUGGUUAUGUUCAUUUAUCGAAGUGAUCUCAUUUUAAGUCAUCGACAACAAGAAAAUUUCGAACGGGUUGCCGCACAUGUGAAUAGUCGAGUCGUCAGGAUACCAUUGACUUUUAUGCUCGGUUUCUUUGUGACACAAGUUGUUGAUCGAUGGAGACAAAUUCUCACAAAUAUGGGAUGGAUUGAGAACGUAGCUCUCACAACAGCGGCUCUCGUUCACGGGGCGAGUGAGAGAAUGCGAUUGAUUCGUCGAUCAAUCAUCCGAUAUCUUGUUCUAUCACAGGUGUUGGUCUUCCGUGACAUUUCCAUUUCGGUUCGUCGCCGUUUCCCUACUCUUCGAUCACUUGUGAGUGGCGGUUUUCUUCAAGAACACGAGUUGAAAAUGUUAGAAGAUGUGAAAAUCGAUGAAAAAUAUAAUAAAUAUUGGGUGCCAAUCAAUUGGGCUUGUGCCCUUUGUUUGGAGCCAGCCGAUGGGAAACCGGUGGGCGCAAAUCCGAACAACGAUGGGGUGAUGCAAGUCAGUCAUCUCAACUAUUUACUCAAUGAGAUCAAAUUCUUCCGUAACAAUCUUCAAACCCUAUGCAGUUUUGACUGGGUUCCAAUCCCAUUGGCCUAUCCUCAAGUAAUUUUCUUGGCGGUUCGAGUCUAUUUUGGAAUUUGUGUUGUCGGGCGGCAAUUCAUUGUUGGAAAUGAUCCAAAAACGAGGACUGGGGUUGAUAUGUACUUUCCAAUGAUGACUGUCUUUGAGUUCAUCUUUUUGGUUGGUUGGAUGAAGGUAGCUGAAGCUUUGCUGAAUCCUUUUGGCGAAGAUGAUGACGACUUUGAGAUGAAUUUCCUCAUCGACAAGAAUAUUGCGACAGGUCUAGCCAUUGUUGAUGACGAUUAUAAACACUAUCCAGAUCUCUUUAUGGAUAAAUUCAAGACAAAUCAAGCUCCCGUCUACUCAGAGGACAGUAAAAAGAACGGGAACAACAAUGUGUUGGCCGGAUCAGCUGCUCAUGUUACAUUGGCUGAGCCAAACGACGAUGUGAAAAUGGUCGAAAUUCCGCCUGUUUCAUCAGCUCCAUCAAUGGAAUCAUUGCCCCGUAGCUUUGCGCAAAGUCUGAUGAGUAUGAAGCCGCGGAAAAAGAUCCGAGAUAGCUUCUCGAAUUUGGGUCCCCGGCAUCGAUCGAUUUCGGUGAGUGUGGCGAAUUCCCUCUCGAAUUCGCCGAACCUCACCGUUCGCGGCUUCCCACUUCCAUAUCAAGCGAAUAGUGUGAUCAAUAAUAAUGGGACAUUAUCUCGCUUCAACUCCUCAAAUAUCUCUCGUCCACCAUCGACCGACGAUCGACCGUUUGAGCUUUCAUUCAAUCCGACCUUUUUGAAGAAUGAUGUGGUGCAUGAGGUGGACCAUGAAGUCGAUGAAGAGGGAAGUGCACAUGGAGUCAGCAAUCCGGAGUAUAAACCCCACCAUAUCGCGAGUCGAAUCAGCGAAGUGAGCGAAGAGGAUAAAGACACAGAAACAACAACGACAACGACGACAGAAAAUAAUAAGUCAGAGCCUUCUCGACUCGAAGAGAUCCCCGAGCAUCAACCAUUCGCUAAUCAUAUAAAGAGCGAAAAGGAUAAAGACACAGAAACAACAACGACAACGACGACGACAGAAAAUGAUAAGUCAGAGCCUUUUCGACUCGAAGAGAUCCCCGAGCAUCAACCAUUCGCUAAUCAUAUAAAGAAAAAUCAU